AUGAUUCAUGAUUGGGGAGUGCUCAAUAAACUUUGUUUUAAUACCAACAAAACUAAGGCAAUCGUUUUCAAUAAGCCGAGACAUAGAAACCUGUACACACAUGUUCCGACUCUUCGUAUGGAUGGGAAGCACAUAGCAGUUGUGAGAGAACUUAAAUAUCUAGGUAUAAUUCUUGAUCAUACGUUAUCUUGGAACAGUCAUAUUGAGUAUAUUACCAAGCAUACUGGGUACAUUAUGCAUGCUUUUGCUAAGGUAGCAAGAUCUACUUGGGGACUUGGUGGUAAUGCAAAGGGAGCAAUUUAUGAUAGCAUCUUUGUACCUAUUAUCACCUAUGGUUGUGGGACUUGGAGCGUUGCUGCUGAAAAGGUACAUCAGAAACGAAAAUUAAUCUCGGCACAGCGUAGGGCCUUGUUGUUAAUAACUAAAGCUUAUAGAACUACGGCAAAUGUCAGCUUACAAUUGCUUGCUCGUAAGCCUCCUAUUGAUAAGUAUAUUAAUUAUUUACAAAAACUUUGCAAAAUAAAAAGGGGAGAUUCCCCUGCCUCUCAUUCUGAGCAUUUUAUUGAGGAAUCAUGGGAAGAAAAUAUACCCUUUCAACAUACUUUAAGCCCUUACACUAACAACAGGUACAUUGAAACUUCUCCUGCUAGUUGUGCCAUUACUAUAUUUACUGAUGGCUCUAAGUAUGAAAAUAAUGUUGGGGCCAGUUUUGUUGUUUACUGCAAAAAAAUAGAAAUUUACUGUAAAUCAUUCCAACUUGGCCCUCUUUGUAGUAUAUUCCAGGCUGAACUUUAUGCUAUUUUGCAGGCGGUUGUUUGGUGUGAAUGGAUUAUUAACAAUACUCAAAUCAUAAUAAUUACUGACUCUCUUUCCUCACUUAACGCAAUUAAAAAAUUAUCUGAUCAUCCCCUGGCCUUUUAUAUUCAACGCAUAUUAGUUGAUUCUGAUAACGAUUAUUACUUUAAAUGGAUACGCUCACAUAGUGAAGUUUGGGGUAACGAUCGAGCAGAUCAUCUAGCCAAGACAGCUUCUGUUGACCAGAAUAUUGUUGUCAGCUACAACAAGAUCUCUACAAAAAUACUGAAAGAGAUACUUUGUGAAGAUAUGCUUAUGGACUGGCAACGUGAUUGGGAUGAUAACAUAUCUAUUACUAAGCAAUUUUUCCCCAAUAUUUUAAAAUUUUUGCAUAAUACUUGGAUCUUAGUUACUCAUCAUACUGUACAAUUCUACACUGGCCAUGGCCGUUUUAAUUCUUAUCUUAGUUGUUUUACGUCACAUAAUAACAAACUUUGUCCUGUAUGUGGAAUUAAUGAUAGCAGCUAUCACUAUAUUUUUGAAUGCCCCAUGACUGAAACUGAAAGGCAUCAACUUAUGCACUUUCCUGAAUAG